AUGAGGUUCAUUUCUGCCGCUGCUACAGCAGCCGUUACCCUCGCCGCCGCCUCUGGACUCGUGGCUGCUCAUGGUCCAGAGUCCAAGUCAGAGGUGCGCGAGUUCCAUGACCGCCAAAAGACAAUGUACCAUUGUGCUCCGCAAAUUGCAGCGUACAAUGCACAGCGUAGGGCCGACUGGUCUCAGAAGGUUCUGGGAGGCGCCCCCCUCGCUGCAAAGAAGUACUUUGUAGACGGCGGCUACAAGGAGAAUCAGGUGGACCCUGCCGAUGCAGCUGAGAUUAUGGCUUGCAACCCCAUUACAGAGACAAAGAUCCGCAACUCGAGCUGUGUCCUGGCCCCAGAGACGACCGAGGGUCCCUACUACCACACUCAGGGUCACCUGAUCCGAUCCAACAUGGCAGAGUAUCAGCUGGGUCUCCUCUUCCUGAUGAAUGUCGGAGUCAUCGAUGUUGAGACCUGCGAGCCCCUGCCCAACGUCCUCGUGGACCUGUGGCACGCAAAUGCCACUGGCUACUACGCUGGCCACCCUACUCCCAAGGUAGGCAUGGAAAAUGAGAAGCCCAUGGCCACUGGACCUCGAAGGGGUCUCAUGUCGGCCUACCCGCGCACAAAUGAGGAGGAGACUUGGUUGCGAGGAGCUCUUCCUACAGAUUCCAACGGAGUAGCCGAAUUCACUUCGGUCUUCCCCGGUUAUUACACUGGUAGGGGUACCCAUGUGCACGUCAAAGUCUUCCCCGAGUGGGAUGUGCUGCCCAAUGGAACUUUCACCUCCACCAAUCUGAUCCACACUGGUCAAUUCUUCGUAGAGGACGCCCUCAACGUUGAGAUUGACAAGAUCCACCCUUACAACCAGAACCCCCUACUGGCUCCUGGCAAGGGUGGCCGAACAAGGAACUGGGAGGACUCGUUGAACAUUUACCAGGACUCGCACGACAAUGGCUACAUGCCCACCUUUGACAUUGAAUUCCUUGGAGGAGUUCUUCAGCAGGGACUGAUUGGUUAUGUGACCAUGGGAGUCAACACAAAGGCUCGCUACGAGGCCAAGUGGACUCCAGAAUCUGGAAGGGGAGGAGUGGUGAGCCAGGUACCUGUCUCUUCCGAGACCAAGACUGAGCUAUGA